AUGCAAGAUCGGACAUGUGUGGCAGGCAGCAGCUGUGAGGUUGAGGGUUUCACAGGUGUUGGUUUGUCCAGUUCGGACCUUCUGGUCAUUCGAGACACCUGUGCUGAUCACCGCUCCCGGAUCGGUCUUCCCACAGCUGGAGCUCUGAUGUCACUGACACUUGAGGCAGGCAGCGCAUACGUGUCUGCGGAGGGCAGUAGCAAUAAUUCCGUCGUGUUCCACACGCUUUCUGCAUCAGGGGGUCAGUAUAGGCUCUGCUGGACAAGCUGGAAGGCCCUGCAGCUUGAGAUGCCACGUGCCAGCAACAACAGUGAGAACGAUUCGGCUACCACGACUGACGAGAUUUUGGAUUUUCUGGGUGGCUGCAAUGACACGCUGGGUGGCAACAGGACUUGUGCAUUCCCGCAAAUGCCUGGCCAUCUGACGAUGCCUGCACAUUCCAUGCUUGACAUUGGUCGGCUGACGUUGAUAGGCCCGGCUCCAUUGGAUCAUGUGCGAACUGACCACACAUGCGUCAGUGGCCAGCCCUGCACAAUCGAUGGAAUUGAAGGUCUUCAUCUGACUGCUCAGGACAGAAUGGCUGUGCUGGACACUUGUGGAGAUCAAGCACUGCCACUUCUGCUUGGUCAUUUAGCUAAUGCACCUGACAGCACCUCGGUGACGUGGGAUUCCAAUUUUCUGGUCGCAUCCGGAGGUGUGUAUCAGCUUUGCUGGUGCUCUGGUGUAUUCGGGUGUUCACUAGCUGAAGACUUUCAGGUACAGGCAGGUGCUUUGACAAUGAUUGGACCGGCUCCCAUGCAGCAGCAUCGGACAUGUGUGAGUGGCCAAUAUUGCGUCCUCGAAGGCUUUGACGUUGUCCUCCCGACAAAUUCAGAUUCUGUUAUUGUGCUACAGACAUGUGGCGAGGUUUCAUCAGGGCAAGAACCUUCCAUGAGCCAUGCUGUCGCCACCUUGAGCACGAAUGGGUCUCGAAUCGACUUCGGUGAUGCCUUCUUCACAGCAUCAGGUAGUGAGUACCGACUCUGCUGGUGCUCCGGCAACUUUGGCUGCAAUUCGCCAGCAGAUUUCCGUGUUCAGCUCGGAUUGCUGAAGAUCAUGGGCAUGGCACCACUAAACCAGGACAGGACCUGCAUUAGUGGUCAGACCUGCGUGGUGCAUGGACUUCAGGGGGAGGGGCUUUCUACGUCUGCUCGUGUCAUGGUGCUCAAUAGCUGUGGCACAGCCAGCCUGGUUUCAAAUUUGGUUCUGAAUGGUGUUGCUGAAGCCGUUGAAGAUCAGGGCACGACAAUGAACUGGGGCAGCACUCCGUUUACAGCUUCUGGAGGGAACUACAGGCUAUGCUGGUGUCAGGACCACGGGAACAGCAGCGAUUGGCCAGAUCGCUGCCGGAAGCCAACAGAUUUUGUGCAGGAUGCUGGUGUCAUGACGAUAGUUGGUGUGGCCCCGCUGACUCAGCAAUACACCUGCAUGGUGGGAAGCGUUUGCUCGCUGCGAGGCAUCUCCGGUGAGGGUCUCUUGGCGGAAGAUAUGGUCUUGGUCUUGGACACCUGUGGAUCAGGGAAGCCUCCUGAAGGUUUUCCGAUCGCUAUUGACAAUGCCAGCCUUCCCACGCGACGAAUGACUGGGACAAAAUACAACAUCCAGUGGGACGCGGCAGCGGUCACUUCAGCAGGUGGCACGUACCGUCUCUGCUGGUGUUCCUAUUUCGCACAUUGCAGCACCGCCAACGAUUUCAGAGUAGACAUGGGAUCCCUCACGCUGGCAGGACCAAGCCCCCUCCGGCAGACUCUCACCUGCGUCUCUGGCCAAAGCUGCAUUCUGCCGGUGGUGUCAGUGAUUCCGGCUGAUUGGGACCGGGGAGAGGUAGCAGUCUUUACCUCCUGUAGCUAUUUCACGUCUUGGGCACCAUCUGGGUUUCCGGACCGGGGACAGCUAUUGAGUGAGCCCACUCUUCCCAUGACUGCUCCGGGUGGUCAGUACACCCUCUGUUGGAACCCAGCGCGUGCAGACAUGAAUCGGACUGUUGAUGCCGACAUCGGGGAGUUCCAGACUCAGCCAGGGCUUGGUGUCCUCGUGGUGCUGGGGCCCACUCCGUUGGAGCAGGACCGGACGUGCAUCAGUGGUCAUGUGUGCUCAAUU